AUGUCUGGGACUGCAGAGGCUGAGGCCUUCAGCAAGGCGCACGAUGCGUUGAUGGCGGAUGUCGACAAGAAGCACUUGCGACCGAUGAUCAGGGAAGCUCUGAUGUGCCAGGUUCGCUGCUGCGACUCCGCCCAGGACUCGGCAGACUUCCAGCAGUGCUCUCAGAGGUGCCAGCAAAAGGUGGCCGCUGCCCAGCAGAUGGUGCAAGCGCAGAUGCAGGAGUUCCAGGGCAGGAUCCACCGCUGCAUGGAGCGCUGCCAGGACCAGGCGCGCGACGGUCUGUCCGCGGACCCGUCCGAGAAGGAGAUAUCGAGGGCGCAGGCGCAGGUGGGCAAGUGCGUGGGUGCGUGUGCCAAGGAGUACCAGGGCAAGCUGCCCAAGCUGGGCGCGGACAUCGCCGCGUCGCUCAAGAAGCUGUAG